AUGAGUAACAAUUAAGAAAUUUUCGAAAAACAAGUUUAAAGUCAAGAUUUAUAAGAAUAAGAAUGUAAAAAGAAACCUAAGAAGUUUUUCGACAUUGACAGUUUGCUUAGCAAGCUCAUAAAGCGUUUAAUUCCUUAACAGCUAAACUAAAAAACAUAGUUUUGUAAGCAUGACUGUGGGUGUAGUGAAGAAAUUAUAAAGUAAACCCUCAAGUCUUUUUUGCUUGGUUAUAGCGUUAUAGGAGCAGUUGAUAUAAUCGCAUUAGUUUUAAAAUCUAAAAUGUUAAAAAAGAACCCAUUUAUUUUGUUUGUAACCUUGGUCUCUAGUAAAAAUAUUCGCUUUGCCUCCUUCCCAGCUUUAUAUACUCUUGUGAUGAAAUCACUUAUGUGUGUAUUGAGAAGAAUUUUUAAGGAAGAUAAUGGCAAAAUAUGGUUUAUCAGUGGCUUUGUAGGAGGAUUCUUGAGUUUACUGACAAAAGAAAAAAAUAAUCGUUCAAUGUGGAGUCUUUUCCUUUUAACUAGAGCGUUUGAAACAUUUUAUAGAUAUCACAUAAUUUAAAAGACUAUUCCUAAAUUUUAGCUAGAUUAUGUACUAGUGUAUUGCUUGAUGAUUGGCUUCACAGUAAGUGUUUACUUUACUGAACCCUCUUGCAAUUCAAGAGGUCUUCAUAAGGCAUGGGAAAACUUUUCAUGCGAGCACAGUGGAGACUAUGGAAUUCGUAAAAUUUAUAUGGGUAUAAUGAAUAAAAAAUUGCAAAUUGAUGGUUUACCUACUGAUGAGCCAGAUAAAUUUAUAAACUGGAAUAGAAAAUUUUGA